AUGGAGCACCCGGGUGGAUUCGCCUCCUCGCCCUGGGCUGCCAUGCUGGGCCAUGGUAUGCAUGGAAUGAUGCAGCAUGACUACACGCAUGCGCAUGCCCAUGCGUCCAUGCCGAUGGACUUGCAUGUGCCUCAGGCGUUUCCGUACUACCGAGGCGCGCAGCAGUGUGGGCUGUACGGCAGCCACGUCAGGAGACCACCGAAAGACCCCAAGAAGACCCAGCCUCAUAGAAGACCGGCG